ACCGCUGUAGGGAGGCGUGCGUAAGUGCUCCUACCGAGAGAGAGAGUUUUGACGCGGCCGAUCGCACGUGAGCCCUCCCAGCCUGCCGCUGUGGACUAUUAUGUCGAACGAAGAGAGUUGUGGGGAAAGUGCCUGCAAUUCUAGCCAGCGGCCAGAGGCGGCAGCGCCGAGCUAGAGCUGUGAAAGAAGCUGUACGGACAUCCUGGUUUGUACCACUUAAAGGAAAAGCCAGAAUCGAGGGAGGGAAAGAGUGAGACACAUACCCAGGGAGACUGGUGUUUUCCCGGCUGUUUCCCGACAGAGGCGGAGCAAGGACAGGCACCCCAACGGUUUGCAGGGGGCUGAUCGCUCGAAAACCAUUUGCUGGGAAUAGGUGACUGAACACCAGAACAUCUGUAAGAAUUUUGGAGGAACAAAUCUAGUUUCUACAAGAUCAAAUCCAAAUUAAAUGGCUGAUAAACAGAUCAGUUUACCUGCCAAGCUGAUCAAUGGAGGAAUAGCUGGGCUAAUCGGAGUCACCUGCGUGUUUCCUAUUGACUUGGCGAAAACCCGCCUACAGAACCAACAGAAUGGACAGAAGAUGUACACCAGCAUGUCUGACUGCCUCAUUAAGACAAUUCGGUCUGAAGGUUAUUUUGGCAUGUAUAGAGGGGCUGCUGUGAAUUUGACGCUAGUGACCCCAGAAAAAGCCAUCAAGCUAGCUGCCAAUGAUUUCUUCCGACAUCAUCUUGCUAAAGAUGGGAAGAAGCUGACACUGCUGAAGGAAAUGCUGGCUGGCUGUGGGGCAGGGACCUGCCAGGUGAUUGUCACCACUCCCAUGGAGAUGCUCAAAAUCCAGCUGCAGGAUGCAGGCCGAAUUGCGGCGCAGAAGAAACUGAUGGCAGCCCAGGCUCAGUUGAACCCAGCCACCAGUGCUGGGGCGGCAGAGUCUGUUGUGGAGACCCGAACAACAGCCAUGCAAAUCACAAGGGAGUUGCUUCGGAGCAAAGGCAUUGCAGGACUUUAUAAGGGACUCGGGGCGACUUUGCUAAGGGACGUACCCUUUUCCGUGGUUUACUUCCCAUUGUUUGCAAACCUGAACAAGCUGGGACAGAAGAGCCCUGAUGUCAAAGCUCCCUUCUAUGUGUCAUUCCUUUCUGGGUGCCUGGCAGGCAGCACAGCAGCUGUUGCAGUGAAUCCUUGUGAUGUAAUCAAGACAAGACUACAGUCCUUGCAGAGGGGAGUCAAUGAGGACACAUACUCAGGGAUAACAGACUGUGCCAGGAAAAUCUGGCGGAAAGAAGGUCCCAUGGCCUUCUUGAAGGGAGCAUAUUGCAGAGCCCUGGUCAUCGCCCCGUUGUUUGGUAUUGCACAAGUUGUCUAUUUCAUCGGCAUUGCUGAAUCCAUCAUAGAUAUGCUUCCAAAGCGCCGGGAUUAACCCCUCACACUUCUCCCCAUCCAGUUGGAAUUCAUCGUAGUAUUCUUUGUGAUCGUGGUGUCAGAGCAACAGCACAAAGGGUUAAAGCAGUAACAGAGGGAAUGAAUGUUGUCUGCAAACCAAGUUAUUUUUCCUCUGGUCAACAUGGGCCCCACCAUUACUCCAGAGAGGAUACCUAAUUAUGCAUAUCUCCUUUUUAAUUAUCAGUCUCAAGAACACUGGUUAGUACAGACUGGCUUGGUGCUUCUCUUGGCAAGGGGGAAGUAAUCUACCCUUGUCCUCUGAAUUACCAAUAGAUCAAGAAGGAGCAAAAGGACUUGACACCCACCCACCCCCCUUUGGGUAUCGGGCCUCUGGGGAAGAGAAGGGGCUGGUACCCAUAAAAAGGGAGGCCACCUUGUCAACUGAAAAGGCAGGUAAUUGCUGGAAUUAAAAUGUUUGUUUUUAGACCAUUCUCUGAAAUAUUCCCUCCCACCCACCCACCCAAAAUGAGCUGGACUUGGAUGAACUCUGCGGAUAUCAAAGGAGGGGGGAAAGGGAAAGUUGCAUCUUACAUUUACACGUGGUCAAAGGGACCUACCUUCCUAAAUGGGUGUGCGAGAGCAAGAGGUUCACCCACUGUUUCUGCACUUGACCUGUGUAAGGAACAUCUCUGUGGGAAUGCAGUGCUGAUCCCAAGGUGUGUCGUGGACAAGCUGUGAGCCAUUGGGGUGGGAGAGAACUGAAUAAUUUGGGGGUCUCUCUCUCUCUGUUUUUUAAUUUAUGCUGGAUAAAAACCCUACCAGUAAUACAUUCCUUUCAAUCAGCCUGGCUGAUGUUAGUAAUGCUGCUGUCACACCCAGUGUUUCAAAUGUCUGUGUCUUUUGACCUGUGCCUCUCUCCUGUUGCCCUCUGGGAGCACAGAUAAUGCCAAAGGGUAACUUAGGGAGAGCUGAGCUCUGUUGUGGCUGUAAAUAAUGCAAAAAGCCAGAUCGUACAGGGAGAUGUAGCUCAGCUGACAUCGAGGUAGGGUCAUCUUGCACAUUUCUCGAGGUUUGGGUGCACUAAAGUCAAAGGAACUAUGCUGUCCCACACUGGCUGGGUUACCAGUUCUUUACUCCAAUCCAGUAAGUUGUUUUCAGGGUUGCUAACUAGUUUUCCUAUUCAGGCCCAAGUUGGCAGCUAGUCAUGUUUUGUGAAUCCUCUCUGUAUAAACAGCUAGUUCCACAGGAACAUAUAUCUGUCUCCCUCUGUUAAGGUGAAGCCUUAGUGUUGAGACUUGAUUUCCCUUGGGAUUUCUCAAUGUUGCUUAGAGACAAUAGGUGACGUUCAGACUAACACUGCGCUCGCAGAAGUACAUGCUGCAUUUGCAAGGACGGGAGGGGAGACUUUCAUCAAUCCCCCCGCUUCCCUCUGUUAUCUGGAUGUUUCAAAAAAUAUGUUCCUGAAGGUCUCCCAAUCCUCACUGAUUUAUUUUCAGGGGGCCUCUGGGACAUCAAAGGGAAGAAGAGGAUGGUGAAAAUCGUUCCUCGUUGUGUAAGCAGAAUGUACUUCUAUGAAUACAACACUUAGUCUGAGUGUCGCUCAUUUCAUCCCAAAACAAUGAAAAUCAUUUCUUCCUCGUUGCACUGCCUUCCGCCUAUUUUGAUUGAUACGAUUAGUUCCAUUCUUUGCUUCUCAGGUGCUAAUAUAGUGCUGCUUGAAUUUCCAACACUAAAGGAAUUUUAAAAAAUAAAUUCAAUGUAACAUUUUGCAACGCCCUUUUGUUCUGGUAAGAAAACAAUCUAAAUUUUGAGGAUAAUGUGUUUUAAGAGGCUUUUUGCUUUCAAUUUGAUCCUGUGUUCUCACUGUUUUGUCUCUGUACAUUGCUUUAAAUGACAUUACUCAUAAUUUAUUCCAUUUUUGCAAAUGGCCUUUCUGUAUUCACAUCUGUCCUUGGUGAUGUCUCAAGUGUUAAUCAUGUUAAUGUCACUAUUGAACUCUUUGAACAAGAGUGGGGAAUUUUUUUGUUAAUGUGGCUUUCUUUUUGCUUUUCCAUAAUAUAUAAAUAAGCCCUAAAUGCAGGAUUUAAUGGGUUAUUUCCCUAUUUGCAUUUCAAAUUAAAUGUUAAAACCUAUCUAUUUCAAAAAGCUGGUUGUAAGUUGGUUCAGAUAGUCUCUUGCAACACAACUAAGAAAAAUGGCUAGGACUGGAUUAUAAUAUGGGCUAUAUUUAAUCAUUUGAUUUACGUAACUUCAUGCUUUCCCCAUCACUUUACAUUCCUAUAAAGUGAACAGUCGGUGGACCACUUGUUCAGAUGGUACUUUCCCAGCCCACGUGAUUAAGAGAGGGACACCAAGUGUGCACCCACUGUGCCAUCUUUCACUGUCGUCCUGACAUACUUCCAGCAUGUCCCUUUUAUCGCAUGCAGGGUGGGGGCUGGUUGUCCACACAGCCACUCGACACAUGCUCCAAAUACUAGCUUAAACUAUGACCUGGAGGGCAUGUAAAGCUGCCAUUGGGACAAACAGCUCCCCCCACCCCCAGCGCCCAUGCACACGGUUGCACACGGCGCAUCCCCCUUUUAAUUGUGUGGGCCAGGCGAGUACCUGCCAAUCUGGCCCAGUGUAUCACCUACAUAAGAUAACCUAUAUGAGCUCACCACAACAUCACAGGUUCUCUGUCUAAGCCAGAAAUAUCUCCAACAAUGUGUUCGGUAUUUCUUAAAACAGAAAUAAAUAACUCCUUGAUCUUUUAAGAAGCACAGUUUUCAGGGUUAGUUGAUGCACUUUAAAAAGCAAAGAGUAGCUGAAACCUGGGAAGAAAUGUUGUAUCAAGGGAAGCAAAAAUGAAAUGGGACACAAAAUGUAAUCUGUAAUGGUGUGUGUGAGAUUUAUAGUGUGAAGCUUUGUUUUUAACUACUGGUGAAUUGUCAGAAUGAAAGCAAGGGUAGAUGUAGAAAUGCUGGUCUAAAGGAAAACAGCUGUGCCUGAAGUCUGUCCCAAGUUAGCAAUGCUGCCACUGAGAUUCCUCUUGCUUGCUUACAAGACAAGUUUUCUGCUGAAAUGUGGGUCAGCACUGCAUCCAGUAAAGGGAGAAGGCACUACUUCUUGAGAUAAAAGAAAAUAUUCUGAAGCUCCAGUUUUACUAAAAUAUAGUGAUAUUUUUUCUAGUCAUCCAUGCUGUCUGCUUGUUGAAAUGCUUAAUGUUGGCAGAUUCUUACUGCUGUAGGCCUGAGGCUUGCCUAAGUUGUAAACAUGAAUUUAAUGCAAUGUUAAACUUUCUAAAAAUAUUAGAGGUUCCAUGGCUUCCACCAUGAUAAUUUUAUGUGAAUCUAAAGAAUACUGUGUUGAAGAUCCCUGUUUUUUCAUGGAACUACUAUUUACAGCAUAUUCUUAGUGAGGAAGUUGUAAACCACUUCAGUCUGCAAUGUCGACAUGCUCUAAAACGGCAGCUUCCAAAGCUUUCGGGACUUCAAAGGCUUAUUGUCCAAACUAUCAGCAGUUGUGUCUUUAAAAAAAAAAAUCUAAUGAAGUGGUUUCAAACAUAUCUGUGAGUGCUGGUGACAAGCUGCAAGCUCAAAUAUACCAUUGUUAUAGAUCAGGGAUUUCAAACACCUGGUCAAGGGCCUUACUGGUCCCUUUGGGGUCUCCAGUAUGAAUCCAUGGGAUUCAUACUACAUUCCACAUAAUACAGUCAUUUUCAGGGGUGUCCUUUGUAGAGCAAAGAGACCGACUUGGCAAUGGUUACUAUUGCAUGCCAUGGCACCAGCCUCCCACUCAUCCCCUUUAAACAUGCAGUGCUAAGUAGCAUGGUGAGUAUCAUUGGCUAGAAUCUGCAGCCAGAGUUAGACCAAUCCCACAUAAGACUGCCUUGAUUCAUUUACCAUUCCCCCAUUCCAAUUGACCUCUCUUUGUCCUAGUACAGGACAGUGCCGCUUUUUUAGUGCUUGCAUCUCCAAUGCAAAACAUAGCACAGAAAGUAUUUGCAAGUUAAAUGCUGCCGAUCUGUUGUGUGUUUGCAAAUAGAUAUACUGGGGGGUAGCCCCCCCAAGACUGCCAUUUGGCGCAGUAGUCUGGGGUACUUUUUCACAAAGCUUGCUGGUUGUUCCCAAUCUGUGGCAAUAAACUGCUGGGGAUGAUAUUUAGGAGCAGGACCUGGGGAAUUAACACUUUCCUUAAUGAAAAAGUACAGAUAUGGCCCUUGGAUAUUUGGGUGGAAAACCUUGGCCCUUCAGUGAAUUUGUGUUUGAUAUGCCUGCUGUAGAUGGUCAUCUUUCAAGCUGAAAGGGUCUUGCAUUGCCGUCUCUAGCACUUAUCCUGUACUCUGGGCACAACUGUUAUCUUAUGCACAAGAUCACAGCUCUUAAUUCCUUUAAAAAAAAAAACUGCAUGCAACUAUCAAUAUGAAUUACACUCCCCAUUCUAAUCAUAAUCAUGCGUUGAAAUAUCCAUAAUUUUGUUUCUUUAACCACAUACUUGUACUCAUAGUCAGGGUAAAGUAGGUUAAAGAGUAGUGUGCAUUAUGCAAGUGUCCUAGCCAUUCCAUACUCACCGAGGAGCAAGCAGCUUUUUGGUAGUGCAACUGAUUUAUUAAAUAGGGAUUAGCUGCAUCAGUUUAUGCUAGCACUAAACAGUUAAAUGUUUUAAGUUCAACAAGGUACAGCAAGCUCUAAGGACCAAAUGGUACAAAUCUUACUGAACAAAAGUUUUUGUGGGUUUUUUAAAAUUAUCCACACACACCCCACCCCCCAAUCCUCUAAAUGCAGUCUGAAGGCAUGAAGGUCAUCGCGGAUUAUGAAUAUCUUUCAAAUUCUUGUUUCAGUGUCUCACUGAAUUUGAAUGUAUACGAUGAUUUCAUGAAUGUGACCUCCAAACUGUCAGAUUUAUAUUUAACCAUGGUUUAAAGAGAAUUCAUUUGGAAUCAUUCUUUAUUUUAUAGUUAAAUAGAAAUCUUGCCAUGUGAGAAAUGACAGGGGAAAUGUUGCCAUAUUGACUUACAUUUCCCCCUCAUAAAUGAUUGUAUAAACACACUUGCACCUACAAUCCUUACUCAGGCAGGCUGAAGCAGAAAAGUUCUGUCCCAUACAAGAGAGCUGCGUAAAGUCCAGUGUAUGAGGUUUAAAAAAGAAAGAAAAGUAAAGCCAGAGAAGAGUUCUACCUCUUGUGUGUUUAACAUUUUUUUCUUAAUUUAUCGUUACAUUCAAAAUCUAAAUAUAGUGAAUAAAACAGAUAAUAAAUGCAUUCAAAAACCCAUUUGUGUCUGGCUUGCUCUUAUCAAUCAUAGGCUUAUCUUGUCCUCUGAAAUUCUAUGUGUGGCAACCAGAUACCAUAAAAAUGCAGUGGCUUUUAUUUGCACAAUUUAGUAUAGUAAAUGGUUGCAACAUCAUUAAUUUUGGCAAACAGGUCCUAGGAAAAAGAUCAAUUAGCCCAACCUUUAUCUUCUUAGAAACUACGAUACCAAUAGUUUUUACAAGUCAUGGAACCUUUAAUGGGUGAUGAUUUUAAAAGUAUUAUAUUUCAGUUGACAGUUGGACAGUUUUUGUACUUUGGAAUAUUCUGCUUCUAAAGGUUUUAGCUUUUAGAGCCUGUUUUUCCUUGGCAUUUAUACUUCCCAUUUUAUAAGUGAUUUUUUACUAGAUCAUGUCUGCAAAACCCAGUUCAGUCUUAAGAGUGAUCUUCUUUGGACAGACUUUAUGAAGACUGUCCCUCCUUUUGAGGACCUUAAAUGUAUCUGUAUGAUAUUUCAGAUGCCUUCUUUUCAUGUAGAAUGGACACACACUCUCUUUUUAAAAUGUGUUGACCUGUUAAUAAAUACCACUUGGGUUUUGGUUUUUGCUCGUGCUUACAGAGGUUAGAUCCUUGACCUAUGUGUUCUUCCUGGAUUAUCUGGAAAGUAACCUUAUACAGUAGUCUUGUACACUACUAUGAAAUCUAGAGGCAAGGAUUCAUGGUGCUGCAGUCAAGAGGAAGGGGUUUAUUGCAACAGAGCAACAUGAAUUCAUGGGGCAAAAAACAAGCACUUGAGAUGCUGGUGAGCAGAUAGAGCCACAUGGGUGAACCCCUUUUGUGGUUCAAGAUUUAUAGGUCCUGUGCUCUGAAGAGGUGCUUAUGCAGUGCCAGAUAUGGGCACAAGCUGAGUAAGCUACAGCUCAAGACCUCACAUUAUGAGGAGCCUAUGAAUACCAAAACGUUGAAAUUUCAAGUUUUACAUUAAUGGUUGAAAAAUAGAGGGGACAAAGACUAAAACAGACAUGAUCAUUCUAAGACAAACAUAUAUUUAUAUGGCUACACAGUUAUUUAUCAUUUUGUGUUUAUAAAUUGUGCAGAAAUAACUGUAAACUAUAUUAAAACCAGAACAGAGCUUGGUUAGACCAAUGCCCGCCAUCACAGUUACAGACAGCAUUCACUGCCUCAAAUGAAAGCCGCUGUAACUGAGCAGCGUGGUGAUGGGGUGUGACUGACGUGCCAGGGUGGGAUUUCCAUUCCAUUUUGUAAUGCUAUGGGGCCUUUUAAGCUUGAUGCAGUUUAGGGCCUCAGCAUGUCAUAAUCUGGUUGCUUAUGGUUGCUCUGGUUAUUGAUUCAUACAAUCUUGUAUCAAUUGAGACAUCUAUUUUGUGUUGUUGCUUUGCUCCUUUCAUUACCUUGGAACUGGGGCUAGAGAAGGCAUUACAUGUUACUGUUGGAAACCUUUCAUCCAAGCUUUGUUCUCUCAGCAUAACUCUCAAGUGAAGUCCUUUAUUUCAGCAGGCAAAAUAGCUCAUCUUUCAAGAGAUCCUCCCCACCAUACUGAGGGAAAGCAUCUAAUUAUUACUUCACUUAGAUAAGCUUUUCUAGAAUUUGUGUGUUAUAUCAGUAGUAAUUAAAAAGCUAGCCAACAUUCAUAGAACUAGCUUAAGAUUAGGUGUGUGUGCUAUUGCUCUGAACUACUUAGUAUAUAAAAACAAAAAUAACAAAACUGGUACCAAAAAAGUCCAGGAAUUUUUGCCAUUCAGUAUUGCAAGCAAGUUAACCCUUAGGAUUUUUACAUGGCCACUUUUGAUACGGAAAAGACUGCAUGUUGUAGACUUUUCCUUGGGCUCUACACAGUUAACUAGGAGUCUUCUAGAAGCUCCCACACAGGAGGUUCAGAAGGCCAUUUAUGAAAUGGAAAUUUGCUGUGUGACAAUAUUUCACCCGAGAAAUGGGAGUGUGAAUUGGCACUUUGAAGCUCCACAUUCUUCUUCCGUAAUAACCACAGAACAGAACUUGGAAUAUCCACAUGCUGCUUUAUUCCACAUCUUUUCAAGUGAGCAGGCUUUCCUGCAGGCGUGGUUCCAGCUGCCUGUGUUGGAUUCUGAAAAAGCUCAUUGUCCUUCCUUGUUGGGUUUUGGCUAUUCAGCCAGAUGUGGAGCACCUUCCUUGUGCUCCACAUCUGGCUGAAUAUAUAUUUAUAUUUAUAUCUGCAGUGCUGCCUACUAGCCAGUCUCUUGUCAUGACCACAAGUGAUUAUGAAAACUGAUGGAAACAAGUAGUGGCCAGCAGGUGGUGCUGCAAAAAUCGCACGAUGGAAGGUGCUCUCUGUCCUGCUAGAGCACUGAAACUCAUAAGGAGGGAUGAUUCGCUUUUUCAGAACCUGAGACAGUCAUCUGGAACCUGCUGCAGAGCCCAUUGCUAAGGUAGGAGCUUGAAAAGAAAUGGAAUAAACCACCAUGUGGAAAGGCUCCUAGCCUCAUAAUAGUUCAGUUUCCAUUCCACUUCUCCCUUCAGUUAUUCUGUGCCUCUUUGCCCAAUGGAUGUGUUCUGAAGUCUAAAUGCGUAGUCUGAAAAGCCCAAGUCUGUUUUAUUUAAAUAAAACAGGUCCUAAUUGGGAAAGGGGCAUGUUGUCUAGUAAUAGAACAAAUGGGGACUGCAAAACGUGGUGUCAGUUUGUGUGCGUUUGCUCCCACAUAGGUUUGGUUUAGAUAUUCCUUUCCAGCUCAGUUUGUCUGUUCCUCCUCCUUUCCCCAACGUGUCUGUAUUCAUGCUGAGCAGAAUUCUCCCUUCAUUUACAUUUCACUCUGCCUUUCUCCCCUCAAUGUACUUUCAAGCUGAGUGGUUUGUUUACUUCACUUGCAUUCUGUUCAGCCUUUGCCACCCUGGCAAAUGUUGAGGCUGAGGGGAAUGCAAGCUAGGUAAGCAUUUUGCUCCAUGUUUCCCCCUCCACAGCAGCCAGUUUCCAUGUCCUUGUGUCUGUGCACAACAUUCAAUUGCUGUUGCUCAUUCUUGGAAUCUUCCAACUGUGCACAUGUAGCCCCUGGUGUGUCUUUCCUGGUAUUGACUUUUUAAAAAAUAAUAAUGUGGGUUUUCUCCCCUCAAGGCCAUGAUCUUGCUACAUACCUCAGGACUCUUCCCCCCCCCCCAGUCAUCAGGGACCUACUCCUGCCGUAAGCCCAGUUUGGUACUUACUUUAACCGUACACAAGACACCAUCUUUGAAAAUGGAGAAAUCAUAAGAUUGUGGUACAGCCUAUACUGUGCCUUUUAAAAAAAACUGGAGAGAGAAAGAUCACAUGUGCCUACCUCAGAGGAGCUGUGUAUUGUGUGUUUUCCUUAUUCUUGUAUUAUAGGUAUAUAAUGUUAUAAAGUUGCACUUAAUUUGCUAGUACUAUGAGAUAUUUGGGUUUUCAGAUUUCAGACCACUUUUCUAGAUGAACUUGCCCGAUGUAGAGCUCACAUUAGGUUUGGUUCUCCUUUGCAGCCAGUCACCACUGAAAUCCAGAACACAAAUGGAGGAUUUGCCGGCGGGGUGUGUGUGCGUGUGCACGUCCUGAUUCUCACCAUCUUCCACUUCCUGUGCUUCCCACCCCUGUACUUCCCAAAUUGCUGCUCAGGAACCCGAGUCCACCAACUCUCUGGAGACAAGUUUAUAGGGACGACACAGGGGAGUAGGGUUGCAGAUCUACUCUCAUUUUACCAAAUUCCCACCAAAUAGAUUUUCCCCCUCCUUUUAAAAGUGUCUUUCCACCCAAAAAGUUUUUAGUGAGAAGUUGCUCUUCAAGCUUUCCCUCUGUCUGCAUCCCCGAACAGGAAGAAAUAAUAACAGAUCCAUACCCAUAUGAACUGAAAAGUCUUCUGCUCAGAAAGUGAAGUUCUGGGAUCCAACCUGUUAUGGACAGCCAUCGAUUUUGGUGGGUGUUUGAUCCAAAAUGGACAGGGGGCCCUGAGUAGAGCUAUCUUGGUGUGAGACUCUGUUUUUGCUGAGAGCAGCUGAGCAGCAAUGAAACCUGUUGUGCUCUCUGUACAUGGCAUUCCCUCCUUCCCUCCCAGUCAAUGAGAUCAUCAGCAAUUGACUUCUUGUCUUUAACUGGGAGGAGGAAAGGUGAGAGUGCAACUGUAUAAUGGAAGUCUGAACAGUGUUCUCACAGCAGAGGGAAGAGCUCUGGAGUGAAUGUUCGAGUGAAUCCAUCCAGGAAGGAGACUUAAUUGCAAGCUGUUCCUGUGUUUUAGGAGAGAGGAACUGUUUUUUAUUCUGAAGCUUGCCUUUUGUAUUUCCCUUUUGUAUUUCACAUCUUUGUGACAACUGUGGAUAAGCUACAGAAAAGUAACUUACUGAAACCUGUGGCAAUGGAGUCUGUUGUGUUGUAGGCCUUUAGACAGCCUAGCUCUACUUAAUUCCCAUUAUUCAGUGAUUGCAGAAGUCAUUGCUGGGGGUGGAGGGCAGAAUGAUCAGUUAGAAUCCUGAAAUGUGGGAAGGCAGGACACAACAAAGUGUUGACUGGACUGUGAAAUAGUGCGGAUGCAUUCCCAAAUCCCAACUUUUGUAUAGGUAAAGUGAAUAGCCUUUGUGAAACACACAUGUGACACACUACUAAGCUCCUGGUUUGUUGAUGUGCAGUCAUCAAAGCCUGCACUAUUAGCAUGAUUUAGAAAAAAACAAAAACCAACGAUGUCACAUGAGAGCAGCUCAAAAACAAACCGAGCAAGUGCCAUGUCAUGUGAGCAGGAUGGGCAGGGAGAGGCUAGAAGACUGUUGGGGGAAUCUGCUGUCUGCAGGCUUCCAGUUAUGUUUCGUCUGAGUGGUGUGUGGAGGAGACCUUCUGAGUUGGAAACAGGACAAGGAUAUUACCAUCUGUGGAAGGGAACAGCUGGGGGAAGGGUGCAGGCGAAAUCUGAACUUUGGGGAGAGUUCAUGCAAAAAAAGGGAAACCAGAUCAUGCAAGAAGAGACCUUUAUUCCGUGCUCAGUUCUAAACUGGGCUGGUGUUUCUUUAGCUGGCUUUCUUUAAGCUCAUUCUUAGUGGUAAGAAGUGGACACUCCUACAACUUGAUUUCACUUAAAUAUAUUAGCCAGUGCCAAUGAAUAGUCACUAUUUUUUCUUCUGAGAUUUUGCAGAUAGUAUUUAUACUUAUACUAAGUGAAGAUUAUCGGCAAAAACACUUCUUUCGAGACAUAAGGAAGGCAAAAUGCAAAGGUCUGGACCUAAACAGAUCUCUUCACAAAAGAAGUGUCACCUUGUGUUAGAAAGACUGGAAAUAUACCUUUAAUGGGAACAGAGAGAUGUGGAUUGGUUUAUAGGCUUGUAUGCAGUGAAAGUAUCUCUUAGUUUGGACCCAUGAGACCUGGAUACUACACUCAGUCCUCCUUGAGCUAGGAUCUUACAGCCUCUAGAUAGACUAGAGAUUAAACCUCCCUCGGUAGAGAGUUCUAAACCCAGGGUGUGACCACUGAGAAGGCCCUCUCUUGCAUUUCUUCUGAGUACUAUUCAGAUGUUGGUGAGAUAUGGAGAAGGACCUCUGUAGGCCAUCUUAAUAAGCAGGCAGGUUCAUAUGGGAGAAGUAUUCCGGUCUCAAGCCAUAUAGAACUGUCGGGGUCAAAAACAGCACUCUGAAUGGAGCCUGGAAAUGAAUUGGCAACCAAUAAUGUUGUUUCAACAGGGGAGUUGUGCAUUCCCCAUCACCAGCUCCCAACAGUAACAGAUGCCACAGCAUUCUGUACCAGCUGAAGUUUCCAGAUACUCUUUCAAAGGAGCUCCACACACUGUAGAGUAAUCCAAAUGUGAAGUAACAUGUGUGACAUAACUAAGGCAUAUGUCACCAUGGCCGGAUCAGAUCUCUUCGGGAAUGGAAGCACUAGUAUACCAGUCUAAGUUGGGCAAAGGUACCUCUGACUGUUGCUGCUAGGUUCAGAACUGUGUCCAGCAGUAACCACAGAUCUUCAAGGGAAGCGCUACCCCAUCCCUCAAAUAGUUAAACUCUUCUUCCCAGAUCAGACGUCCUACUGACCAGGACCACCUUUUUUGUCUGGAUUAAGAAUACUGUGCUAUAUGAGCCAAAAUGCUGAUUGCCUGAAAUGUCUGAGCUGUAGUGAUCCUUCUUCCCUGGACAGAAGAGAGAUUGGUCCUUCAAGAUCAAUGUCCACCUUCAAAACUCUAUUCAAGGAAAUCUAUAUGUGGAAAUAAUGCUUCUGUAGCUCUAGCAUUUGGUAUCCAGAAAAAUUAUGAUUAUAUUUAAGUAGUCAUCUACUUACAGAACACAAGUAAAUUAUGCUAGGAAACUAGUUUGUGACUAAAAAUUUCCAUGGGAAUGAUUUAUUCCUCCCCCAGCCAUUCCCAGAGUAGUUGGAAUGUGAAAGCUCCAUUUCUAAGACCUCCAAAAAGUAAAUGAGAGGAAAGAGGGAUCUCUCAAAGAGGCAGUGAGUUGGGCCAAAUGUUGAAGUCCUUGGUCCUCUUUCAAUUUUUAUUUUUCAGUUCUAACUUUCUAAAUGCUGUGGGGUAUGGGGGUCACCUAAUGGGUAAUUGAACUGAACUUGUCUUACAGUAGUGGGGAUCAGCGUGAAAUUCUGUCUUCCUUAUUGCUUCCUCUCUAAAGCACAAAUUGCUUCUUUCCUGACCUCUUGAAAAUAUGCUCCACAAAUCAUACAGCCGAUGCAGAAUUGAGAAUUCAAUGCAGAGUUGUUGAUGCAUGUACAGAAGAACUUGAUAAGAAGGCUAGCUGGAAGUCCUGAAUUUAAAUGUGUUGCUGAGUUAUAAUGUCACUGAAGGACUAAGACCCAUGUAUUUUUAAUGUCAUUCAGGGGUCCUAUUUCUUCCCAGUUAGCCCAUUUCUGUCUGCUCCUUUUUCUCUUCAGAAUGUCUGAGUUGCUUCUCUAUCCAAUGAUGAAAUCAAAUGUCAGAAACUAUUCAGUCGCAGUGUGAUCCCAUAGGGCUGGCCUGAGGCAUGUCUGUAGCAAUGCAUCCAGUUGCCAUUGCUGGCAUUCCUUCGUCUAAGGCUGCAUACAGGCAUAACUUUAAGCAGCACUUGCUAUGGCCUUUUCUCUCGCAAGUUGAACCUAACUUCCUCCUCACCUUCACAAUGCACAUAUUUACCAGCUAUUAAAAUGCUAAUCUUAGUUGUCAGUCUUGCUCCUCUCACCAAUCUUUGGGUGGGUUUCUACCUUAAAAUAAAAUAAAAUAGCAUGAAUGUUAAUUUAAAAUAUCAAUUCCCUUGUUAUUUCAUAUAAAAGGAAAUUUCAUUUUAAAAGACCUAAAAUGCUACUCUUGGGAUAGCGUGAAGGUGGAUUAUUGACUUCACAAGCACCGGCCAGUUAGUACUGUGCACAGCUGGUUUCUUCUGCAAACUGGUUUCUCCAGAGCUCAGUCCUGGACCAGGGAAUUGUACAGUUCUAUACAGUGUGAUGAAUGUGCUUUCCCAGCAGCUCAGCCACUUCAAAAACCUAUGUCUGUAUGCACUCUGAAAGGGCCAGAUAAUAAUAUCCCAUCAUUGAUUUUAACAGCUGUAGUUGAAGCCAGCAAGCCCUAUAGUAUACAGUAUAAGAUUCAACCUCAUUUCCAACACAAAAACCCUCUGUUAUCAAGUUGCUAGUGUCUUUUAUGUGAACUGGAUGGAUAAUUCAUUCUGGUUCCAUUUUAUAAAAAUCACACUUUUAAAGCUGAGUAGAGAGUGUCAGAAUACAUAAUACUUGGGAAAUGAAGAAUCAGUUGGGUGUAUGUUUACAAUAUAAAUUAUGGACUGUGACUCUUAAUCAUUUGAAGUUUAAAUGAUGGUUUUCAUUUAAUAAAAUUGCUGUGGUCCAGAGAGUACCUUUCGACAUGCACAAGGGCUUACAUGUGUUUUUCAGAGUGCUCUGUGGAACAGAUCAAUGCUUUUCUCUCUCUUGUUGAACCAAAGCCAUUCCAAACAGUUGAACAAAUACUGUGAGUGAAUGUGAGGGGCAAACAGUUACCUUUGUUAAAUAUUUAACCUUAAACCCCAGGGGACAUCUUAAUGCUAACAGUUUCCUUGUGGAAACAGAAGGCCCUGGAACAUCUGUGCAAAGUGCAUGUCCAGUGAAUGUAUAUUCCUGUGAGUGGGGCUUUCAGCCUGCCAAAUUUAGUUUCCUCGGUCUGCAUUUGUGUAAAGGUGUGCAUUACUGAAUGUUCUGAAGUUGUUGGUGUGUGUGUGUGUGUGUGUGUGUGUGUGUGUGUGUGUGUGUGUGUGUUUAAAGAGAGCUCAAAUUUAAAACUUUUUGUCCUGGAACCAUUGAAGUAACCAGUGACUCUUCUAAUGACCUCAGUGAGUUUCUUUGGACCAUACAUGACAUCAGUUAGAAAGGCAGAGCAGCACUCUCGUUCUCUGUGGUUUAAUUUUUACUGCAGCUGCUUUCUCUCCUCCUCUCUGUGUUCUGCUUCCUCAAAUAUUUUCCAAUCCUCACAGUCAUUUCCUCAGUGCUGUGGAUUGGUUAGUGUUUUGUGCUUAGAUGACCGAAGCAGUGCUGGAGAGAAGAGUGUUUAAGGUGGUGACGAGCUGCUUUAGCACGCCUCUAUACCUUAUUACUUAUCGCUGCUGUCUGUGCACUUGACAUUCUCUGGUUUUGUUAUAGAGUUUUGACACUUGCUCUUUGCUAGCUCACAGGAAAAGUGUGUGUGUGUGUGUGAGAGAGAGAGAGAGAGAGAGAGAGAGAGAGAGAGAGAGAGAGAGAGAGAAAGAAUGAAUCUUUCCUAGAUACUUUUUUCUUGGUGUAGUAUCAAUCGAUACAGUACAGGUCGAAAGAGAAAAGAAAAUAUAUAUUAAUAACAGUGCAAAACAUAACAUAUAAUGAUACUACAUGAAGUAAAUUUUACCCCUUAUGUGCACCCUGUACAGGCUAUAAGGAAACUACUAUCUGAUGUCCAAUUUUCCCAGCAGUCGGAUAAAACUUGGCAACAUUUAAGGAAAUCUCAUCCUUCUGGUCAGAGAGCAAACAUUUUACAUAAAAUAAAUCCAAAUGGCCUGGGACAUUGAUUAAAAGAGGGAAGAUGUAAUAUUGACAAGAGUCCCUAUAAAACUCCCAAUAUAAUAAGACAUGAGAUAUGGUUUCGAUGGUGCCUGUUGCACAAGGGCAAAGUGGUUGAGCGUAAGUAUCCUACAAUAUUUAGGAACUUUAAUGUAUGUUAAAUAUCUAGCAGGAUUAGAACUAAUAGGUUCUUCCAAGAAAAACUCCCUUGGGAUUCUUGGUGUAGUAGUUCCUUGAGCAGUAACAACUAAAAAAAGAUGGAAAAACCAGCAGAUCCUCUCAUAAUGUAACCCUUUCAGCAGCACUAAUCUCUGUUAACAUUUCUGACAGGUUUAUGUUCAUUUUAGGUUACUAUUUAUUUGCUGGUAUUAAAAAUGUUUUUUGGUGUCAUUUAUUUUGAACACCCCUUUGUUCAGUCAUGUGGAGCAUCUAGUAAUGUUUAAAUUGCGACCUUGGCCAUUGUGCAUGUAUGUGAGAGUGUGUGUGUGUGUGUGAAAUUUUUGUUCAUGAGGCAUACAGAUCUUGAAUGGUGUGUGUUAGUUAACAACUUUAUCUGAUGUUAUAUCCUGUUGCUGUGGGAACCCUGGACAACUAUUGUACUGUUUUUUGAAAUUGCUGCUUACAAAAAUAAAAGGAGAGCAAACUUUUUCUCUUGAAAAGUUUUAAAAUAACGUUUGUGUAUUGUCAUGUAGAAUAAAUAUUCUAAAUAGA